CUGCUGGAGGAAGGGUUAAGUCGUCCUGGGAGCAUCGCAAGUCGACGGAGGAGGCUUUGGCGGCUGCGGGCGACAUGGACAACGCAGGGAAGGAGCGAGAAGCGGUCCAGCUGAUGGCGGAGGCCGAGAAACGAGUGAAGGCCUCCCACUCCUUCCUCCGAGGACUGUUCGGAGGAAACACGAGAAUAGAAGAAGCGUGUGAAAUGUAUACCAGAGCCGCAAAUAUGUUCAAGAUGGCCAAGAAUUGGAGUGCUGCAGGAAAUGCAUUUUGUCAAGCCGCCAAGCUCCACAUGCAGCUUCAGAGCAAACAUGACUCUGCUACAAGCUUUGUCGAUGCUGGAAAUGCUUACAAGAAGGCAGACCCUCAAGAGGCUAUCAACUGCUUAAAUGCAGCCAUCGACAUUUACACAGACAUGGGAAGGUUUACAAUCGCAGCCAAGCACCACAUCACGAUUGCAGAGAUCUAUGAGACUGAGCUUGUGGACAUUGAGAAGGCUAUUGCACAUUAUGAACAAUCUGCUGAUUAUUACAAAGGAGAAGAGUCCAACAGCUCUGCUAACAAGUGUCUGCUGAAGGUGGCAGCCUACGCUGCACAGCUGGAGCAGUAUCAGAAAGCCAUCGAGAUCUACGAGCAGGUAGGAGCAAACACUAUGGAUAACCCCUUGCUGAAGUACAGUGCAAAGGAUUACUUCUUCAAGGCAGCACUCUGUCACUUUAUAGUGGAUGAGCUAAAUGCCAAGCUGGCUCUUGAGAAGUACGAGGAAAUGUUCCCGGCAUUUACUGACUCCAGAGAAUGUAAACUAUUGAAAAAACUUCUAGAAGCUCAUGAAGAACAGAACAGUGAAGCUUACACUGAAGCGGUGAAGGAGUUUGACUCAAUAUCACGCUUGGAUCAGUGGCUGACCACCAUGUUGCUUCGAAUCAAGAAGUCCAUCCAAGGGGAUGGAGAAGGAGAUGGAGACCUCAAGUGAAGUGCUGACAUCUUUGUGGCAUGCAGCUCAUUCCUUUUUAGUUUUGUCUUCAGGCAAGGCGAUCUUUCCGGGAUGCCCAUUUAAUGACUUAAUUUUGUUGUAAAUAAGCCACACAAUUUAUGUAUUGUUUCAGCUCGCCAUGUCUGUUACUGUGAGAAUGGGAGGCUUCUAUUCAGUUGGUGGUUAAGACAACCAAAGUAUAUAAUGCUUAUCAGAGUCCUCAUAGUUUUCUGAGACGUACUGCCGAAUCUUAUUCCUGUUCUUCUGAUAUUUUCAGGGCCCACGUACAAUGUUGCCAUGUGCUUUUCUUUUUUCCUAAACUCCGGUAUUCGACCCAGUUUUGUAGAUGCUUUGCAAAGACGUUGUGUAUUGGUAUUGGAUGGAUCCUUUAUACAAGUGGCUUAGUUUAGGAUGGUUAUUAGGAAUAAGUUUGUAAUUGAGUAGAAACUGUCUAGCUUUCUUUUAUAGUUAUUUUGAUGGUGCUAGUGAUGAAUUCAUUUGCUUUUUAUGUUGCCCCAUAUGCUCACACAUACAUGGCAGACACUGAGAAUAGCUGGGAUCUGUUGGCAUCACUUGCAUUGUAAGGGGAAGGAACUUGCUGGCAGGUCCUGUGGUCCUGUUUCUUGUAUGGAUGAAUGUCAGGGUGGAUUUCAUUGAUAUUUUGAACUUAAACACAAAACCUAUGAGAAAUGGAUUUUUCCCCUUCUCGAGAGUUUCCACUUUUAGUCGUAAUGGAAAUCCCUUCUUCAUAUUUGCAUAAAAAUAUUUUAACUGGCAUCUCCUUUGUUUUCACAUUUAUACACUCCUCACAUUGUCUUCUGGACCAUGGUCAUGCCAAGCUUGAGCAGAGCUGGAUAGAAGAUUCCAGCUGAAGCUUGAGAAUAUGUGUGGUUAAGUGUCCAUUUGUUGGACAUGGUGGUUAAGUGGGGGUCAGUGUGGCAUAAGAAUUUAUGUUAUAUCUGGUUGGAUAAGAACCUAACCUCUGUCUAAUGGUCCCUGGUUUAUUUCUUAACUGGUGGUGUGAUUUCACUUGUGUGUAUGCACUCUGUUGUCCCAUUUGACUUAUGUAAGAUGUAUGCUGUUAUUUCAGAUUCUGACACUCCCUGCUACUUUAUAUGCUGAUACAGUCCUGUAGACAUGGCCUUGCUUCCUGAGUCUCCUGUGCAUAUUUGUAUGCUGAGAUGAUUGAUUUGUGCUUGAAGAGCAUGUGUUACUAGAAAUACUUCAUAGUCCUUAUGUGCUGCUGUCAUGUGACAGACAAUGAAACUCCUGAUUAAUCAGGUAUGAAAUGGCACUGGAAAUGGUGUUUUCAUCUUUGGAUAGCCCUAGAGUAGGGUCGGUGGUUCUUCCCAUGCCAGGCCCAGGGCUAAAAGAGGAGAGUUUGAGGACAGAUAAGAAAGUCAGGUCUUUCAGAAGGGAAAGGAAGUAGCAGGAUGGGGCUAGAGACAUGGUUCCUGCUCUUCCAGGGGGCCCAAGUUUGAUGCCCAGCACCCUUGUUGGGUGGCUCAAUACCACCUGUAACUCCAGUUUCCCCAGGAGUUCUGGUACCUUCUUCUGCCCUCAAUAAGCACAUGCAUACAGAUAAACACAUACAGGUGAAUGAAUAUAUACAUACAUGUAGACAAAACACUCAUAUGUAAAAUAAUAAAUCAAUCUUUUAAAUAUUAAAGAAAAAAUUAGGAGAUGAAGUUGAAAUUGGUCCCAUGAGGACGGGUGGUCGGUGUCUAUCAGGCAUUGUGAAGACUCUAGCCCUGUCAUGGUAGUAACGGUGUGGGUGUAGGAAGCUCAAAGGCCUCAGUGUGUCUGGAAAAGAAAGAAUGUGCCCUAGAAUCUGAUGAGGAUUCCUUUUCCCUUCAAUGCUUUUUGGGGUUUCUGAACGCUAACUGGCUGUACCAAAGGUAAAAUUUGCACUCAAGCCUAGUCGAUCCUUUUUGACUCCAUUAGAAUCUCUUACAACAAGACAGAAAAGUGAGUGAGUGAGGCUGGAGAGAUACCUUGUCUACUCUUCCAGUGGACCUGUGUUUAAGUCCCAGCAACCAUAUGGGGACUCACAGCUGUCUGUAAACUCCAGUCCUAAGGGAUCGACCAUCCUCUUUUUGCCUCCACAGGCACCAGGCAUGCAUGUGGUACACAGAUGUACAUGUAGACAAAACACGCAUACACUUAAAAAUAAGUUUUUUUAAAAGUCUGGUUUAUAGAAAAGUGAGUUAUUUCUUUAUUCACAACCAACUACAGGCAGCCUUCCUUGGAAAUGAGGCGUGUAAAUGGCUCUAAGUCAGUUCCAGUGGAGAGCAUAUGAACACUGGUCAGUCUUUGCACUCUGCCGUCACUAAUUCAGUCUUCUGGUGUGACCGUUUAACCACAUGGUAUCUUGUAAGACACUUUGCUUUAGCUUUCAUCACGAUUCCCUAACAUACCUAUUGAGAGAAGUGUUGGGUUUUUUAAGUAGUGUUUAUAUUUUUUUAGGCAGUUAUUUGCUUUUACUGAAGUUAAGUGCUCGGUCAAGCAUCACGAACACUUGUAUUCCUAUAGUAUUUAAGAGGUUAAAGUUAGAGGACUGGUUUGAGUUUGAGGCCAGCCUGGGUGACCCAGUGAAUUCCAGGCCAGCAUAGGUUACAAUGUGCUGUGGAUGAUUGAUUGAUAAAUAAAGUGCUGAUUGGCUAGUAGUCAGGCAGGAAGUAUAGGCAGGACAAGGAGAGAGAAUUCUGGGAAGAAGGCUGAGUCAGUAAGAAGCUGCCAGCUGCUGCCAUGAAAAGCGAGAUGUAAAGCACCGGUAAGCCACGAGCUACAUGGCAACAUAUAGAUUAAUAGAAAUGGGUUAAAUUGGGAUAUAAGAACUAGAUAGCAAGAAGCCUGAACCAUUCGGCCAAACAGUUUAAAUAAUAUAAGUGUCUAUGUGUUUAUUUGAGUCUGAGUGGCUGCUGGCCCAGGCAGGACUGGAGAUAACUCCAGCUACAACAAUGUGAGACUUUAUCUCGAAAAACAAACAAACAAAAAAAAAAAAAAGAAAGGCUGAGUGAGAUCAGUCAGCACUUGGGAGAUUGAGGCAGGAAGAACAUAAUUCCCAGAAUAAACUGGAAUAAACAUCGUAGCAAGGUCAUCUAAGAACAGACCUGGCAGAAGGUAAAAGAAUGAGGAAAAUGUCCGGACAGUAGUAUGAGAGCUUACUUCCUCCAAAUGUCCUGUGGAAACAAGGGCAGUGCAUUGUCUCAAGAUGCCUAGGCUUCGGCUUUCUAGGUUUCUAGAUUAUUAUGAACAAAAACAGUGAUCAUUUGUUGUAGUUCUCAUACUUGAAAGCAUCUGGGGAUAGUUCAUAGUUAUGUCAGUCGAAAAGCUUUGCUUUUGUGGCAACAUUUUUAUAGCUUGUGUGAAUUCCUUUUUUAUUUAAUGACACAAAACAGUAUUUUUGCACAGUUGUAACCAUGUGUGGUGGUGUCACUAUAACCAAAGUAUAUGCACCAGCCCUUGUGCAUUUAUUGUUCCCUCUGGUGUUGUGCACUUAAAUGUCCAAAUACACACCUUUGUGACUGUGGAGGAUCUGGCAGCACAGCAUGCCCGUGACCUGCCUGCUGCAGUGUGAGCUGUGACCAGUAGCAGGCCCUGUGAAGUCCUGAGUUGCUCAGGCAAGGGAGUACAUUAUAAAAACUAACCUUGUAACAAUAAAUCUACCUUAGCUGAAAAAUGUUUUAUGUGAACUUGUACAGUAAAUAAAGUGGAAAUUAUCAGUAA